AUGACGCUGGAAAGGGUGUGGGUGACCUAUGCCAUGGUCGAUGGAGGGAAGGGGAAGAAGAAAAUGCCCUUUGGUCUAAAAGUGGUUAGGUACUUAAACACGGACGGCUACGAGGGCGGAUUUGGGACCGCUCAGAUUGAUCAGAUCUUAUUGAGCAUAGAGUCCGACUACAAUGAAUGGGCACCCAACUUUGCUUCUCUGGUGGUGCAUCCGCAUGAUGCCCUCUCGGUCAAGAUGUUCACCAAGUGCUUGAGAAGGAUGAGGCUUGAAGCCGCGCUUUCCUUAGCCAGGGCGGUUUUCCUGUCUGACAAUAGAGAGGUCCUCGGGAGAGUGACGACCCCAUGUACUAUAAUUCAGAUCACGAACGACGUCAUUGUGCCGAGCUCGGUUACCCAUCACAUGCACGACAAAAUCCAGGGGAAACCGACAGUCGAGAUGAUCGAAGCCAAUGGCCAUUUCUCUCAGCUCACGACACAUUUGGCAGCUUCUCGAUGUGUUGGGUGA